AUGAGUUCAGCAUCACAGAGGCUGAUCGGAUUCCUCAGUGAGCUGCCGCCCUGCCACACGCUGCUGGAGAUCAGCAGUGUGAAGUGGACUGUCUUCAUAUCAGUUCCUCACUUGUUUGGUGCGCACAGCAGCACCGCCCGAGCCGUGUUUGUUUGUGAGUGUGGGACGAUCCAUCGCACAGCGCCGUGCUCGAUUGACGCUGUCUGCUGCUCUGGAACUGCGGAUUGCUCAGAAUAA